AUGCCGAACGAGUGCCCGCUGCGACCGCCGUCGCUGCAGCGCCCGGCUACGGCGACGCUGCUGCUGGCCAAGCUCCGCAGCGCGCUCGACGAGGAGCGCCGCCUGCGCGGCGUCGCCGUCGCCGAGUUCCGCCAGCGCUGCGACGCGCUCGACCAGUGGAACAAGAAGCUGGUACAGGUGCUCGCCGCCUUCAAGGACUCGCUGCGACGAGAGGCGGAGCAGUGGCGGCGUGACGCGGUGCUGGCGGCCGCGACGUCGGCCGCGGCCACCGCCAGCGCCGCCCCGCCGCUUGCCGCCCCCGCAGACGUGGAGGCGGCGAAGGCGGCGAUGGGCGCCCUGGGCGAGCAGCUGGAGGCGGAGCGCGCGCAGCGGCUGCGCUCGGAGGGCGAGUACGACGAGCAGCUGGCCAGGCUCAGCGGCGCCGUGGCCACGGCCAGGGACCUGCACAGCGCGCUGGAGGAGCGCUACACGGAGUUGGUGUCGUCGUGCGAGCGCCUGACGCUGGAAGUGGAGGAGCUGGCCCGCUCCCAGCUGCUGGAGGGCGACGCCUGGAGGGCCGAGGUGCGAGGAGAGCGCCGCCUCGGCGCAGAGAGGGCAGACGCCCUGCGACAGGAACUGCAGGCGCUGAAGAAACGGAUGGAAGAGGAGAACGUGGCGUUGAGCGGCGUUUGGGGCGACCAAGAGGCGCGGCUGGAACGGUUGGAGAACAGGGUGGCCUCACUGGCCUCCAGGCUGGCCGACAUGGACCAGCAGCUGGUCCAGCAGCAGGACCUUAGGCACGCCGUCCAGGUGCCAGGUCGCCUCCUAUGGAAAAUAACGGACUUUGACCAGAAAAUGGCAGACGCCAAGGAAAAUGACACCGUUCUUCAUAGCCCUAUAUUUUUCAGCCAACAGUUCGGAUACAAGUUAAGGCUGGAAGUUCACCUAAAUGGAGUGGGCCACUGGAAGGGCCGCAACAUGAUCGUGGGCUUGCAAGUACUGCCCGGGGACUGGGACGCCCUGCUGCCGCAGCCCUUCAAUCGCAAAGUGUCCGUCACCCUGAGGGACCAGGCCCCCAACUCGGAGCAGGCAAACAACCUAAUGAAAAUUUUGAAGGCUGGAACAACCAAAGAAGAUCCUGCUGGCUACCACCAGUUCUUCCCUCACAAGACGAUGCAGCAGUUCAAUUACAUCAAAGACAACGCUAUAUACCUUGAAGUCACUGUAGAGUAACAUAUUCAAGUUCAUUUCCAUGUGAACUGAGUGCUUUGGUGGAAUCGCUUGUUCUUAAGUGGAUAAUUUAACUUUACCGAUUUCUCUGUUUCACCGCGUAAUAUGAAUGUUUUGUUAUUGUAACGUAUAUAAAACAAUCGUUCUGAUUGUUUUCAAUUGACGCGUCAGCAACAGCGGAGAUUUCUAAGGCCAUGUGAGACACAUUUUAUAUAGCAAGUACGGGUAGUUCUUUAUGAUUCUGAUGUUUAUAAUGAAAAAGAAUCAUGAAUGAUCUGAAUUUUAUUUAAUUGUAUUGAAUGAUCAGUUGCUACAAAAUGAAACCACCGGACACCUUCAUUCAUAGGUGGUGUCCUGCAGUAGACUAGAUUAAUUACGGAAUGAUGAUGCCGAAAGAUGACUGAAGAUUCGUAUGGUUCAGAAUAUCCAUGUGUUUAAAAAGUCAUCUAAAGAAGCCGUUCUUAUUUCAUUUCUUUUAACAAUAGCCCAGUCGUAGUGAUUCCUCACCCAGGAUUAAUUUUGUGGAACAACGUUAAUCACGCCAUCUUUUUAAUAUAAGCACAGUAAACAGCUAGGAACACUGACUUUCUUGCAUCUCAUUCCUCCACUAUGUCUACGUUUUUAAUGUUGUCGUAGUUGGAGUACGUGACACAAUCAAGAUAGUUGAUUACACUACAGGAAUUCUCUACUCAAGACUUUUGCUUUUGCACCUGAGGCUAACGCUUCCUCGUUCUGAGUGCGAUUCUGUAUUUUCAGUGACAACAUUGCUCUCUUUUCGAAUCACGUCCAUCGCCAAUAUGAAUAAAGGGUUACAAUAUUUAUUAGUAUCCAAGACAAAUUCUCCAGCCGGAGAAUCAAGUAGCUUCACUUUAUGAAAUCGAUAGAUUGUACUUAUCUCUUUAUUAGUAGUAGCCGGUCACGAACCACAUAUGAUUUCCAUGUUUUUAGUCUGUCUUCAGCACGCAUUCAGGUAUGUGUUUUAUUCUGCCAAAAAUUUUCUUUACAGGUGCAUGUAGCCAUAUGUUUGUUCCAACAAGGAACUUUCUCAUAUCCUAGGAUCAAACUUUCGCUGCUCUCUAGGAAAUCAAUGCUCUUCGUGUUCGUCCUAAACAAGUGGUCUUUCAUAUUGAUUUAUCUCCGUAAAUUCACUGCGGGCCCUUGAGUACCCACCCACAACAUUCACGUUGUUUACUGGCUUCUGCGUAAAGGCACCCAUAUGACUUCCGAGUAAGGCAACCAAGAGGACACGUAUUAGACCGCAUCAACAUAAAAAUAUUGAACAGUUCAACAUUGUUCCUCAAAUGAUGAUUUAUUUUCUAUCUAGGCAACGAAAAGGAUUAUUAUGAGAGAAGAAUAUUAACCACGGAACGCAUCUUAUAAACUUGAUUAAACUACAUUAGAUUUCGUUCUCUGUGUGUUUUAACUUAUAUUUAAUUUUAUAUUGAAGUUCAAUGUCAGCUGAGUUUCGAUCCAUAACUUGGAGGACGAUUGUAGGGGAUUUACCGGUAAUUGUUUUGUCAGAAGAGUCCAAGAGAAAAAAAGGAACUGUUCUCAAUAAUAAAAUGUCAUAAUGUUUAUUUAAGAAGAAUGAAAUGAACCGUGAAACAAAUAAAAGCAAAAUAGAUAUAUUUGAGCUUAGAAACGUUAGUAUUUUGUAUAUUAUUAUCUAGAGCAAUAAUUUGUUGCUAACCCGAUUGCUUUCGCCUGCGGUUACCAAUUUUAAUUAACGUAAGUGUUUCAUAUCCAUGACUAUGCACUGAAAUUGUACUUCCCUGAAAGAUAUUUUGAAAUAGCUUUACAGCUCUAGCAGUUGUAACGAAGUAUUGCCAUUGUUUUAUUUGACACCUAAGAACUGAUGUAUCUUACAAUAAAAACCUUUAUUGUACAGU